GCAGAGCUGCGUUUUUUUUAAUUGCUGAUUCACGAUGACUUCGGAGCUGGCGGGAGCUGAUCUGGAGACAAUGCCGCCGGUGUCGCAGAAGAAGACGCAGGCGUUUGUGAAUCACUAUUUGAUGGAGACCGUGAACUGUUUGAACAGAGUGGCGGAGACGUGUACUCUCAAACUGGACGCCAUUUGUGUGCAAAUGGACAGGAUGGAAACGUCGUUGAGUUUGCUUGAGAAUAAGCUGGCUUCAAUCCCUGGAAUCGACGCCCGAAAUCCAGCGAACGCUGUGGAGAAUGCUGUUGAUAUCAAGAAUCCAGUUGUCACACCGCAAACUGGAUACAUUCAAGAUUUGCGAACUGAAGAAAAACCGCCAAAAGAAGUUGGAGAAGAGGAUGUUCAAGACCAAACGCGGAUUAAGGCGGAAGAAAGUGAAGUGAAACCAACUGUGGACCCACAAUUGAUCAAAUUUCAUAAGAUGCUGCAGUUCGGCGUACCUUUCUACCGACACUUCGUCUUCUACCGACGACUUCCUAAACUAGGGUCUCUCCCGGCAUCAGAACCUGCAGAUGUCGCACCUCGUGUACCCAGGCAGUCAGUUCCGGAUGAUUCUUCAGAGACGGAAUCUGCGAGCAGUUUCAGCGACUGA